UUGUGUUGUUUUUUAUUUUUAUUUUUUUUUGUUUUUUUUUUUUUUUUUUAUUUUCUUAUUUUUCUCUCUAUUUACUUCUCAUCCUUCUCUCUACAUGUACACUAUCUUCUUCCCCUCGCAGUUUCUCGUAUAAAAUAUAACAAUUCGAACUAAUCAUAAGUUAAUCUCGGGUCGAUAAAGUAGACAGUGACUUUUCCAACUUCGCACAUGUGCUCUCGUUUUUCAUGUAUUUUAUAGCUAUAUAUAUAUUAUUAUUAUUAUUAUUAUUAUUAUUAUUUGUUUUUUUUUUCCAAAUAAUUCAGCAACACUCACGCACUUUGCACGAUGAUCACUUUGCAGAAAUGAUACACAUACACGGAUACACAUACACGCGGAUAACACAGAGAAACACGUAUUCAAGCAGCUAAUUUUUUUUACCUUUCUUUUUUUUCUACCUUUCUAUUUCUAUUUAUCUAUCUAUCUAUCUAUCUCUGUUUUUGGCUCACUGUCUGUUGCAAGAUCAAAGCAAGCAAAAGAACACGAAGAAUCAAAUGUGAAACAAAAGGCACACCGUGUGCGUGUUAACCGAAGGUUCUUUCUCUUUGCCGCAAUAUCUUUGGCUUUUGUCGAUUUCAGGGAUGGAGUAGGAGGUGGAGGAGGAGGAGGAGGAGGAGGGGGUGGCGAAACCUUCGGAGGAUUAUCGGGGAUGCUACGUCAGAUACUCUCACCGUCGCCUUCACCCGAGACGGGAGAGGCCGGUAUGACGGCGAUCGGUUGUAAUUUUCUCCAGGCAAAUUCGAUCUUUUCGAAUCAAUCGUCGAUGAUGCCAUCGACCUUAUCCUCAGCGACAUUGCAAACGAUACCAUCUCAUCUCUCGAUGAUCUAUCCGGAUCAAGGUGGUCUUCUGAUGGAUCAGUCGCAGCUCGUCCUUCCGGAGUCCCAUUCCUGUCCUACCUGUGGCCUUGAGUUUCGUAGCGCUCUGAAGUUAAAUUAUCACGUGAAAACGAGUCACCCAAGGCCGCCGGAGUACGAGCAACAAAACGUCGAAAUUACGGCGAGAUACUCGUGCUCCGUCUGCCCAAGGAGUUUCUUCGUUCUUGCGCACCUAAGAAUGCACGAGACGACGCACGAGAUCGCACCACAUUCCUCAUCGGUGUUAGGUGCAUCCUCGUCGAACGUGCCUACCUCUCGCGGUGCAAAUUCUGCUACCGGAUUGAUGUCCGGCAUGUCCGUCGUUGUACCUGCCGGUGCUGCUGCUACAGGCAACGUAGAGAAAACCUUUGGCUGUGAUCGUUGUCCAGCAAGUUUUCGAUACCGUACACUAUUGGAACGUCAUAGAAGGAUGCACGAACUCGGACAAGAGAAACCUUAUUCUUGUCCAAGAUGUCUCAUGCGUUUCGAGACACGUAAUCUUUACAAUCAUCAUGCUAAAACUCACAAGCCUAGCAUCGAUAUCAACGACAGACUCACAGCAGACAGCAAUGCGGUCUCUUUAACAGAUCCUACCCUUACGGUUACCGGGACUAACCCUUCUAUUGUCGGUUGUCCUCCAUCUACAACGGUUGUCGCUGCUAAUGCCAACAAAUCGUUGACAACGGCCUCUUAUCCUUGCGACUCCUGUUCGAAACAAUUUGCCACCAUUGAAUCCCUCACCAGUCAUAAGGCUGUACAUAGAUCCAGGCCAUUGGUUUGCGAUGUUUGUGGAAAGGGUUUCACUCAUCGCAAAUAUUACGUCGUUCAUCAACGCAUUCACACCGGCGAGAGGCCUUAUUUAUGCGCUAUGUGUGGUAAAUCAUUUACUCAAGCGUCCACCCUCACGGUUCAUCGUCGAUAUCAUACUGGAGAACGACCAUAUACUUGUACGCUUUGUGGGAAGGGAUUCGUUACGAGAACUAUCAUGCUCAAUCAUAUGAAGAAACAUUGAAAAGAAUAUUCUAUCUAAAGAGUUAUUUCUCGUGAUAGCUUAUAAUGAAAAUAGCGCGUUGAGG